AUGGAAUCCCGUCUUCGGACGACUCAGCGCCCCCCACGAUCUUGCACCCGUUGCGCGAGGUCCAAGAUCAAAUGCGACAAAGCCCUCCCUUGCUUACAGUGUCGUUCUCGUGGGCUUGCUAGUGGUUGCCGAGCGGAGACCGUUCGUUCUCAUGGCAGGGUCGUCACCGGAGAUGUAGCGGACUCCAUCCAGCCCAGCUACGAGGACCUCGUCAAGGAAAACGAGAAGUUGCGUCUCGAGAUCUCCCGACUGUCCAACCAACAACCACGUGCUGGGACCAGCCGGAUCCGACUUAUAGGUAAGAACGAGGAACUGCUGUACCAGCGACUAAGGCAGUCACCACGCCGGGAGAGGCUAUGGAAUAUCUCGCAAGUCCAGUUUCCUUCGGAGCAAAGCGUCGACUCGCUACUUCGUCACGGGGCGAACUGGACUUCGUGGUUGCAUGGAGCGGUGGAUCAGGAGCAGUUUGAGAGCGAAGUUCGUGAGUCCUAUACGGCGAGCUCGAAGAGGAGGUUUGAGCUGUUUUCGGACCCUGAAGAAUUGGCGUGGCUUGGGAUGUUCUUUGCUUAUGCUACUGCAAGUCUAUUGUUGAUGACCGAUGCCGAAGCUGAGCGAUGCAUCUUGCCGCAUGCCAAUGUCGUCGCAACCCAGCAGAACUGGUACGACUCCGCACUCUUCUUCCUGCACGAGUCUCAAUUCCUCCGCAACCUCCACAUCCGCAACGUCCAAACCAUCGUCAUCCUAGGGACUUGUUUUAUCAACUUUGGUGAUUUCAACCUCUACUACCACCUAUGGGGCUGUGCGCUACGAAUGGGCCAGGCUCUGGGGUUGCAGAACCCCAACCAACGACCAGAUAUGAGUAACAUAGGCGUCCGGCUAUGGUGGUCCCUCGUCAUGAACGACUGGCUUCAAAUCCCCCUCCAAGCAGACCACUCAGGCAUCGACCGCAUAGCAGCCGGCGUCUCCUUCCCUGACUGCAACAACCCAUCACCAUCAGUCGACAGCCCAGGCCAAUACCUCCUGAUCCUCUCCAAACUCGCCACCACCCUCCGCCGCCUCCACGAAUCAAUCUUCUCCAUCCAAGACGACUUCACCUUGCUCGCCGCCGCAACCACCACCGUCGACCACGAAAUCGCCCUGAUCGUUUCCCAACUCCCAGCGUAUCUACAGCCCGAAUCAAACCCGGCGGACGCGAACGAAGCCCACAAAUGGCAGAGAGAGAACCUCUGCAUCGUGCUACUCUACUAUCGACUCGUCAUAAACCGGCCCUCGUGCAACGAACAGAAUAACCCCUCAGCCUCCUACACCAACGCCAAAGCAGUGUGUCUCUCCGCCGCGCACGGCAUCGUCUCCAGCAUCCGCGAGUUCGACACAGGCGAUCCCAUCACACACCGGCGACUCAUCUGGCGAGCAUAUCUGUCCACGGCCGAAAGAAAGCCCGUUCGUGCUGACCAAAAAGCAGGACAUUCCUCCUCCCCGUCUACGGCGCAGCAGCCACCUUGA